AUGGUCAAUUUCGAGUUUCGGCCGUUUUUCCGGUCGAAAGAAGAACGGACAGAAAAGCGACGCGAACAGGUUCGCCGAGCACAGAAAACAUUUCGCGAGCGGCGCGAUCAGUAUCUCAAAAUACUGGAACGCCAGCUCAGCAAAUCCCAGGCUGAGAAUGCGUUGCUGAUAUCCGAGGCCGAGCAGCUGCGGUCCGAAGCAUCCGCAUUGCAGCGCAGGUUGGACAUCUGUGAAGAGACUCUUCGCUCGUUCCAACUGAUGACGCCCGAGUCCGACUGGCAAGAUGGUGACCCUAAUGGAGGCACUGGCACUGGGGCGUUCCUAUCGCAGACCGGACCAUUGGUUGCCGACAAGAAUCAGACAGUCACCACCGUCCGGCUGGACUAUCAGCACGGCAAGCCUCAUCAGCUCAUCAUGACGCCCUCGUCAUUGGGUAGUCCGCAAGACACCUUUACAAACUUCAGCACUCCCAACCUACAGCGGCGUGGCACAACCAAGCAGAGGCAGCAGGGGGAGCCUUCCCCCAGCCAGUCCCCAUCACGGUACCUCUACAAGGCACAGUUCAUUGCACAUCUCGACACUGUUGUCGUCGCCAUGGAGUUCGUGCUUAAACUCGAGUCACCAUGCCUACCGCACAUCCAUGAUCCAGCAGCAGAUGGCAGCGAUGACACCACACCCCAAGGCCACGUGCACACCGUGUCCGCAACACUCCUCUCUUGCAUCGCCAACAGCCCUAGACCUACGUCCAACAAAAGCCUCACCGCACUACCUUCGCCACAAGGCUCAACCGUCGAGCCUGAUUCGCCAGCAGCGCUGCAGUGCUUCCACGCCCCACGAUCUAUUCUUACCAGCCUCCUUCAGAGGUCCUUGGAGCUGCCAAAGGAGAGCACCGAGGUGACGCCCAUCCAGGCCUGGCACCAAAUUGAACAACACCCCGACUUUGGCCGGAUUAAUGUUGCCGAGCUAGAAACCCUCUCUGACAUGUUGCUGGAACACAUCAAGUGCUAUGGUUUCGGUGGUGUGAUAAAGCAAGAUUUUCUACAGUCCCUGCUGGAGCAACUCUGA